UUUGCAGUGAAAGUCCUCAACCUUCAACAGCAAGGAGCUCUGAGGAGCUUCAUGGCCGAAUGUGAAGCUUUGAGAAACAUUAGCCAUCGGAAUCUUAUUAAAAUCUUAACCUGUUGCUCAAGCAUUGAUUAUAAAGGCAACGAGUUCAAGGCUUUAGUUUUUGAGUACAUGAACAAUGGAAGUCUAGACAGGUGGUUACCCAAAGAUGGGUAUGACCAGCAAAGGGGGAAUUUAACCUUUAUUCAAAGGUUAAAUAUAGCGCAUGAUGUGACUUCUGCACUGGAUUAUCUACACCACCAUUGCCAAACACCAAUUGUGCAUCACAAUUUAAAACCGAGCAACAUUCUUCUUGAUGAUGACAUGAUUGCCCAUGUGGGUGACUUCGGGUUAUCAAGGUUCUUAUCGGAGUUUUCUCAAACCAUAUUGCUUGGGGUGAAGGGAUCUAUUGGGUACAUCGCUCCAGAGUAUGGGAUGGGCGGUAAAGCUUCCACACAAGGAGAUGUUUAUAGCUAUGGAAUCCUUCUCUUAGAGAUGAUAAUUGGAAAGGGGCCAACUGAUGACAUGUUUAAAGACAAUCUAUACCUUCAUCAUUUUGCCAAGUUGGCGUUGCCUGGACGAGUAAUGGAGAUUGUAGAUCCAUAUCUCUUUGAAGAAGCGGAAGUUACUCAAGGCAGUGGAAAUCAUAUCAAUGCAAGGAAUAAAAUGCAUGAUUGCUUGAUUUCAAUGGUCAGAAUUGGUGUGUUGUGUUCUUUGGAAUCUCCGAGAGAAUGAAUGGAGAUGAAAAAUGUUGUCAUGGAAAGGCAAGCAAUCAAGGACUUAUAUCUAAGGUCAGAAUUCACAGAGAUAGAAGUUAAAUCACCACUGUGGGGUGAAGGUACGUCUUACCUCACUCAUUACUAAGAUAUUACUGCAAGUUUGUUAAGAAAGAUUUCGAAAUACAAUAAGUUUGUUGAACAAGCUUUAGAUAUAUAUAAUCUUGGCUUAUGAGUGAACUUGUACUGAUGCUUUAUACGUGGGAAGAUUUGUUUCAUUUCCUUUAUUUUGUCCCGUGUUAGGCAAAGGAAGAUUGUAUCAUGAAUGUAAUAGGAUACAGAUAUUAUCUACUUAUAAUAAGAAAACCAUUGGGUUUCUAAGGUGUUUAAUCGCUGAACAUUUUAUAAACCCUUUUCAAAAUGCUAUUAUAAUGUAGCAAAGUC